AUGUUGAUGACCCACACCCUCGCGCUCUUUGCGCUCCUCUCCACCCUCGUGUCUGCCAGCCCGAUCCCCAACGAGCGCGCAUGGGCACGCAACAACCUCCACAAGCGGCACGGGCACCACGGCCUCGCGAAAUGCGACUGCGAGGACUGGGCCACGGGCCACGGCUGGACCCCGCCUGCUGGCUGGGCGGCGUCCAGCACCACCACCAGUGGCAACAGUGGCGCCGGCUCGUCCGUUUCGGGCUCCGACGACUCGAGCGCCACCACUGGCGCUGACGACGGUGACUGCGAGGAGGACGGCACCGACGGCGCCAAUGGCGACGUUACCGACCCUACCCCGGCGGUCUCGGCCGUUCCCACGACCCCGACGCAGCCUCCGACUGCCAGUGGCGGCGACGCCUCCGCCACCAGCUCCGGUACCGACGCCUCGGGCUCCACCUCCGGCAGCGAUGCCUCCGGCACCGACUCUGGUGACGACAGCGGCGAUGACGCCUCCGAUGACUCGGGCGAUGAUGGUGCCGAUGACUCCGGCGACGACGACGUCGAGGACUGCACCGACGACGACGACACCACCGCCACCGGUGGCGACGACUCCUCCGCCACCACCUCGACCUCGACGACCUCGACUUCUGGCUCGGACGGUGCCACCACUGGUGCCGAUGACACCACUACUGCCACCGACGGCACUGACGGCGCUGACGAUGACUGCGAGGACGACGACGGUGACAACGAUGACGACGUGCCCUACUGUGACGACGAGGAGGACACCGGUGCCGACACUACCACCACGACCACCUCGUCCAACGCUUCCGGCUGGGGCUCGGUGAGCUCCCCUCCUGCCGACGUCAGCACCUCGACCUCGGGCUCGACCGACACGACGUCCACCACCGACGGCACGACCACCACCAUGUCGACCUCGGCCGGCUCGGGCUCGGACUCGGUGUCCUCGGCCCCUGUCCCCGCCACGUCGUCCGGCACUACCGACACCACGUCGUCCGUCGGCGGCUCGAACUCCACCGACGUGACCGACUCCACGUCCGUCUCCACCGGCACCACUGACACCACCACUGUUCCCGGCAACACGACCUCGGUUGAGAGCGGCGUGACCGACACUGUUGUUACGCCGGUCAACACCACCUCGAUCUCGUCGGGCACCACUGACACCAACGCGACCACUGGCGGCGUCGACGCGACCUCGGCUUCGGGGGCCAACUCGACCACCACCUCGUCGGACUCUACCCGCUUCAGCGGUACCGCGACCUACUACAACCUCGGUGACCCGUCGCAGAACGAGGGCCAGUCGUCUGGCCGCGUCGCGUGCAACGGCCAGCUGUUCAGCGACGACCAGUACAUUGUCGGCCUCGACAAGGACCAGUUUGACGCGCUCGGCGCCGACGCGGUGUGCGGCAAGAACAUUGUCAUCACCGACAGCGUGACGGGCAACACGGUCGUCGGUACCUUCCAGGACCGCUGUGCGUCGGGCUGCGACUUUGGCUCGCUCGACCUCACCCCCUCGCUUUGGAACGCGCUCCACAACAACAAGGUCGAGGACGGUAUCUUCCCCAUGACCUGGGUGUUCCAGUGA